UGACUUUUCUAAAUUUAGCAGUCAUUCGAACGUUUCACGGAAUAGGAGUUUACUAUUCUGUAAGUACUUAAGACUCAUUAUGAUUGUGUUCCUGUUCACAGCCUGGUCAAUGUUUCUGUUGACUGAUGGAGCUGCAGAACUACUAAAAAAUCCGGAUUUUGAAAGCACGUCCUUUUCAGGGAAUUGGAUAUGCAGCGGUUGUACUCUGUCAAGCAGCACUGACAGUUUCCAUGGAAAUCACAGCGGCAAGGUCACACAGAGAACAAACGCUGGGAUUGGAUUGGGACAAACAGUGGCUGUUUCACCUGGCCAUACAUAUGUAUUCAGUGCCCGGGUAAAACUACUGAACAUGGCACCAGGACACAUGUUUCACAAUGUACAGCUGAGGGUCAAGGAAUCGGCACACAGCCAUACCACGCAUGUCAAUGCAUCUACCAACCCAAAGACGAGAAGGGAAAAUGGAUGGGUUGAAGUAGGUUUCGACUUUACAGUAUCACCAGGUAUCCAUCAAAUUUCCAUUUUCUUUGCCAUCAACGAACAACAGGUAAACUACAUGGUCGAUGACGCAAGUUUCGAGGAACUCACUUACGAUGCUAACUGGAAGUCCGAAGCUAACUCCCGGAUUACCAGUAUCCGGAAAGCUCCUAUCACAGUUAAUUUUCAAAAUCUCCAUGGAUCUGGUUAUACUGUUGAGAUUCAACAAACAGGGAGCAAAUUUGCAUUCGGCUCAGUUGUGGACGCUGCCAUGAUCGUUGAUUCAGUACAUCGUCCAUACCAACAGUUUUUCUACGACAACUUUGAGUGGGGAGUUCUCGGGAACGCUCUCAAAUGGCCACAGACGGAACCCGUUCAGGGACAUCCAAACCUAGAUAAUGCUAUGAUUGCCGUGAAUGCCCUUCGAGCUAAGGGGAAGAAGAUGCGCGGACACAACAUGUUCUGGGGUAACGCUAAAUACACCCAUCCUAGAUGGCUUAACGGAAUGAAUUCAAGCGAAAUCAUACAAUCAAUGCACACGCAUAUCAAUGAUGUCAUAUCGCACACACGGGGAACGUUGGAGCACUGGGAUGUUUACAACGAGAACCUUCACGGGAUAUACUUCGAGGAAAGUACAGGUCACGUGAAUAUCACCAAGGAGAUGUUUUACUGGGUCCACCAUGCAGAGAGAGGAGUGAAAUUGUUCCUCAAUGAUUUUGCUGUGGCAUCGUCCAGUAAAAUGACAACUGCGUAUAAGAACCAGGCGCUGACAAUGAAGAAUGCUGGAGUCCCCAUUUACGGAAUUGGUAUUCAGUGUCACACCAACGCUCAACUUAAUAUCUCCUCCUUAAAGUAUCGGUUAGAUAAGAUAGCAGAGGCUGGUCUUCCUAUCUGGAUCACCGAGUUCACUGUUGAAGAGUCGAAUGAAGCUAUUAAAGCCGAUGCACUAGAGGACAUGCUAACACUGUUCAUUAGUCACCCGGCCGUGGAGGGCGUCCUGCUCUGGGGCUACUGGGACGGUCGGAUCUGGAUACCCGAAUCGGCCUUGGCUACUGGCCAUAAUGUGGAGCCCAACGAAGCUGGAAGACGAUACCUUCAGCUUUACCACCAAACUUGGAGAACAAACGAGACCUUGCACGUGACUGGAAACUAUGUAUAUACCACAGGAUUUAAGGGAGAUUAUACUCUUCGCCUUAAACACAGUGGUCAUUUGGUUCGAACCCAACACUUUACAUUGGACAACGGAGGCAAAACUGUCAACGUCAAAAUGCCCUAAGUACAUCAAUUUCGUUUCGUAUGUUUUCAUAUAAAUGUUUACAUUAUUACUAUAAAACACAGCUUUUAUGUUAGAAUACCUGCCCAUAUCUACUAUGGUAAAUACACUUAAAAUUCAAUUUUCUCUAAAGAACAUUUUUCACACUUUUGUAUUGUCUUUAAACUGUACCGUAUUUAUUGACAAGUUUGAUUGCAAUAUAAAAAAUAGCAAUCCAGGGUAAAACGGAGGGCAAUGGUAAAGUAGAAACCUAAUGAUAAACGUCAUGUUUAGGAAAGAAACUAGACGUGAACCAAGAUCAACAUAAUCUUUGGCAAUCAAUGACUAUGUAUUUUACAUGUAUACUUGGAAGAUAACGCCCAAACUAGUGUCAUUUUAUGUCAAUUUUAUAUUAUUUAUUUUUUCUGAUUUAAACAUUACGUCUUGACUCUGGAUGUUUAAAGUAAGCUAUUUUCAAAGAUAUGUUGAUUAUUAAUAAAACAGUGAUAUGAUGGUAGUUGUUCUUAGUGGUUGUCUUUUGUAUUUGUCCCAGAAUGGAAACUAAAAACGGCUCUCUCAGCGGUUACUGAAAACGGACCUCAGGGUGAAUACUGCCAAAACAGUUUCCAGGGCUAGUUCUGUUAAAAGGACCUCAGAGCGGAAACUGAAAUUCGGUCUUAGAUAAGUUACUAUUCAAUAAGUCUUAGAACUGUCACUGUGUAACGGGUCUCAGAGAAGCUAGCACAGAAAAGAUCCCAAAACGGAUAAUGUUGAAACGGGUCUCGGAGCAGUAAAACGUCACAGAGCAGCUACAGUAAACGUCACAGGGCAGCUACAGUAAAACGUCACAGAGCACCUACAGUAAAACGUCACAGGGCAGCUACAGUAAAACGUCACAGUGCAGCUAUAAUAAAACG